CUUUUACUAUACACCGGCUAGUAUUUCUCUUUCGCGCCACAAGAUUGAGUCGAGUUUUGAUAGUAGCCCUCAGUGCUUUUAGACUUUUGAUGAGCCUGUAAACAUUAACAUAAACGAAUAUUGUUGAUUGUCGAGGAUCCUAAAUAACGAGAAAAAAACCGGACGAUAAUUACAAACGUGGAGGAAGAUUCUCAAGGAGUUUGACGACAGAUCUGGCGAUUAUUUUUUCGUGGAAAACCGUGUUUCGAGUGCCAUAUUGCAUUGAGGACAACAAGCUGAAUCAAACAGCGUGGGUGUCUGUGAAGCUAGGCGGGGUUUGCAAGAGCGGGUCGUCAGAAUGGAGAACAUUUUACUACCCGCAGUCGUAUUCGUAUUAUUAAGCAGUUGUACAUCACAGGCCAAAGAGAUACCAAGUACUGGUCAGCAAUCGCAAUGUGUAAGCGGGACAUACAUGAUGGUGUCUCACCCGGACGAGGGACACCGUUGCGUCGCAGACUGCGGCCCGGGGAACUACGGGGACACGGUCACUAAGGCCUGCCAGCAGUGUGACUCGGUGUGCCUCACGUGCGUUGAAUCUCCCACUAAAUGCACGAGCUGCUCAGAGCCAAACUUUCUGCUUGGAAAUGGGUGUGUAAAGGACUGUGGAAGCAAGUUUUCUCGUGGACCGGCUCGAAGUAGACUACGGUUGGCGGGAGGAGCUGAUAAGUUUGAAGGACGAGUGGAGAUACUGCACGAGGGAGCUUGGGGAACGAUUUGUGAUGAUGACUGGGACAUUCUCGAUGCUAAUGUGGUUUGCAAUGAGCUGCAGUUUGGUAGUUCCGCUCGGGAAGCUCUGAGCAUUUCUAAAACGACGUUUGGCUUAGCGUCAUCUCGGAUGCCAAUUCACUUGGAUGAUUUGAAGUGCCGAGGUGUGGAGUCCAAACUGGACUUCUGUCCGCAUCUUGCUUGGGGAAGACACAACUGCGCUCACAAUGAAGAUGCUGCUGUCCGAUGCGCUGGCCCGGACCAGUCCCGUCUCUGUGUGACUUCUUGCGGCGAUGGUUUCUACCAAGUUCCCGGUACCAAUCGGUGUGAGCUGUGUGACAGCCAGUGCCUCACGUGCACCGAUCGCCCAUACCUCUGCCUAUCUUGCGACGCGCCAAGAUUCCUCCAGAAAGACAAAUGCGUGGAGAACUGUGGCUCUGGGAUGCAUGGGAAUACACUGAGCAGGACGUGUGAAGCUUGUCAUGGAAAUUGCAACAAUUGUUUUGAUGGAGAGACGGAUGAUGUGUGCUCGAGCUGUAAUGAUAGGAUGUACUUGAAGGGUCAAGUUUGCGUCUUGUCUUGCGAUCAACUGGCUAAGAAUUUGGCCAUCAGACUGGUGGGAGGGGUCACCGAAUAUGAAGGUCGCGUGGAGGUGAACAUUAACGGAGUUUGGGGCACAGUGUGUGAUGACGAGUGGGAUAUCAAUGAUGCUGAGGUUGUGUGUAGAGAGUUGGGGUACGGCUCGGCCCUGGCGGCCGUUACGGCUCCAGGUUUCUCACCAGGAACAGGACCUGUUCUUAUGGACUAUGUCCAAUGUAAAGGCAGCGAGGCGGAGUUGGUUCAAUGUGAGCAGAAUGAUUGGGGCGAUAAUCAGUGUCGUCACACUGAGGAUGCUGGUGUGCGUUGUGAAGGAAGCAUGAGCGUCGUCUCAGCUUGGGGUACUCUGGUUUCAACCCUCACCCAUCCCGGAGCGACAGGUCGAUGCGUUGAAUACUGUGGUAUGGGCUACUACCUUCCGCCCACCAGUGAUUAUGACUGUGCUACGUGCUCGGCUAACUGCCUGGACUGUGAGAUAGAGGCUGCCCAAUGCACAAGCUGUAAACCAUCAAAGUUCCUCAAGGAUUCAAGCUGCGUGGUGUCUUGUGGAUCAGCGGAGUUUGGUAACAAUGUAACCAAUCGCUGUGAGUCAUGCGAUGUAACCAAGUGUGGAUCCUGCUUAGAUGGGACAAGGGAUGACAACUGUAAAUCGUGCCAAGCCGGCAAAGUUCUCAAGGGGUCAUCAUGCAUGCAAAGUUGUGGUCCAGACAUGUUCAGCCAGGCCGGUGUCUGCCAAGAAGCUUGCGACCACGGUUACUAUGGCAACCCAGCCUCCUUCAUAUGCCAGACAUGCUCGGAGGAGUGUCUUACCUGUGAGUUCAACGCGGAGUACAGCAUCGUAUGCAAGACGUGUAUCGCCCCAAAGCUCUUUUACAAUGGUCAGUGUCUGGACAUCUGCCCUGACUCUAUGCUGAUAAUGCUUAUGGACCAGAGCCUUCUGCCGAACAGUGAGGAGUUACGAUUGGUUGGUGGACAGGACCAAAUAGAAGGCCGACUUGAGGUAUUUCAUGAGGGCCAAUGGGGAUCAGUCUGCAGUGAUCGCUGGUCGCUGAAUGCUGCGAAUGUGGCAUGCGGGCAACUCAAUCUGGGUCGUGCCGACUCUAUAUUGGGACUGGGGUCCUCGAUGAUCGGACCGGGUGAAGGCGUCAUAUGGCUGGACAAUGUCGUCUGCCGAGGAACGGAGUCAAACCUGGAGGACUGUCAUCGAAAUGACUGGGGUGUCAACAACUGUCACCACUUCAAAGAUGUGGCCAUCAGAUGCUCAGGUCCGGGAAUCCGUGAAUGUGUAACGACAUGCCCGCAAGGUUUCUACCCUGACUCUUUGACGGGCCAGUGUGUACUCUGCAGGAAAGACUGUCUUCAGUGUGUAAACGAGCCGGGGUACCAGUGUACCAGAUGUAAAGCCGGUACCCUACUCGACGGUAAUGACUGUGUGGACGAAUGCAAGAGUGGGUACCACCCUGACAGUGCCACGGAGACGUGCGUCCAUUGUGAUGACAACUGUGCAACAUGCGCCUUCGCUCCGGGUAACUGCACCAGCUGUAUUGAAACAUUAACUUUAGAAGGUCACACUUGCGUUCCUGAAUGCGACGGUUACACCCUGGUCCUGACUGACAAGUUCCGCCUAGUAGGUGGAUCGUCAUCCCUAGAGGGACGCGUUGAGGUGCGGUAUGACCAGGACAACUGGGGGACUGUUUGCGACGACCAGUGGGGGCUUGAUGAUGCCGAUGUGGUUUGUGCUGAGCUGGGAUUGGGGAAAGCUCUGAGGGCUGUUGAACAUGCAGGUUUUGGCGAGGGCACCGGUUUGAUAGUCUUGGAUAAUGUGAUGUGUAACGGUGAUGAAACAUCUCUCCUUGCCUGCGAACAUGCCGGCAUUGGAAUCAAUAACUGUCAGCAUGAUGAAGACGCAGGUGUGGUUUGCUCUGGUCCGAUCACCUCAAACAUCUGUAUCCGUCAAGAAGAUUGCUCUGCAGGAUUUUUCAUUGCCGCCGAUGACAAAAUUUGCGGCAAGUGUUCCGCAAACUGCAUGACCUGUGCUAGGUCAGCGGACGAGUGCACUGGCUGCCCAGAGGGGCAAUUUCUCACCCGGGAGAAAGAGUGUGUUGACAAGUGCCCCGAUGGUUACUAUGGUGAUGUUGCUGGCAACUGCCAGGCUUGCGGCCCUGAUUGUGAGGACUGUAGCGGCAGUGCCACUGAGUGUACAAGUUGUGCUUCACCGCUGUAUCUUCAGCUAGGGAAGUGUGUAGCUGUGUGUGACAGUAACAUGUACGUCAAGAAAGGACCGUCAGAUAUUAGACUUGUGGGAGGAAAUAACGUGUUUGCUGGACGGAUUGAGGUCAUGUACAACGGUGCGUGGGGCACAGUCUGCGAUGACGACUUUGACACCAACGACGGCAACGUCGUCUGCAAACAGCUCGGGAUGGGCUAUGCCAUCGAGGCCUACCACAACGCCCACUUCGGGGAGGGAACAGGCACAAUCGCCCUGGACGAGCUCAGAUGCAACGGGGACGAGUCCGACCUUAUGGAUUGCACCAGUCAUAAGCAUGGUGUAGAUGAGGUAGAUUGCCAGCAUUAUGAGGACGCUGGGGUGCAGUGUUCGGGACCAGGGUCGGCUCUUCACUGCCUUGAGGACUGCGGACAAGGAUAUUAUGCUACCAGUGAGAAAGUUUGCGAGCAUUGCAACAGUGAAUGCAAGACGUGUUCAGACAGCCCAACUCACUGUACGUCAUGCACCGACCUCAUGUUCCUCAGUAACGACACGUGCAUCUCAAACUGCCCCGCUGGUCGGUACGGUAACUCAGCCACACACCAAUGCCAACCCUGCCCUCCCGAGUGCCAGGAGUGCUUCAACGGGGUCGACGGCAGCUCGUGCAAGUCUUGCAAAAGGGGAUUCUACUUGGAAGGCUCGGCUUGCGUCGCUAAGUGUCACCAUGGAUCCAUCUUAGAGAGUGUCCUUCCAGAGGCUACAGAGAUCCUAGAAACCCGUCUGGCUGGAGGCUCGGAGUUUGAAGGAAGAAUUGAGAUACGUAAAGAGGGAUUUUGGGGGACUGUGUGUAUAGAUGACUUCGAUCUGAUUGAUGGAGAGAUUGCCUGUCAACAACUCGGUCUGGGUAGUGUUGUAAACGUAAUGAGCAGCGCAGGCUACGGAGGCGUGGCACUUGACACGCCCAUCUGGAUGUACAACCUGGACUGCCAGGGAUGGGAGUCUUCGUUGAGUCAGUGCCGUCACCAAGAGAGAGGAACCUGCCGGUCUGGGAUAACAUCCACAAAUGGAGAUGCAGCUAUUCGAUGCGACGGCUCAUCCUAUCGGCGCCCUCCUAAGAACAUUUGUCGUGAUGUGAUGAGAAGUCCAUGCGAGGCCAACUCAUGUAACUCGGGGGUUGUCUGCGUCAACCUGAACCAUGAGACCUCUGCCUGCAUGGAAUGCCCAAGCGGACAAAUUGGCAACGGAAAACAGUGUACAUUGGUGGCGAAUUCCCCUCCAGAGUUUGAACGAACCCCUGUAGAUCGCAUCUCAGUCAUCGGCAGUCAGGCCAGCAUGCCGUGCAGGGCGAAGGACGGAAGUGCACCCUUGGUCACCGCCAAGAACUGGUUGAAGAACAACGAGCCCAUACCUCAGGUCGAUUUGGAAAACGGUCGCGUAACAGCGCUCAACUUUGGCUCAUUGUUCAUCGAUUUCGUACGUCGUGAAGACAUGGCAAAUUACACGUGCGUGAUAAGAAACACGCAAGGAGAAUUGAGUGCAACUGCGUUGUUGACGGUGGAAGAAUCACCACAGAUCAUAAACAAACGUGACGCCACCGUCGCAGUCGGUGAGGAUGCCACGCUUGGAUGCCUCGUGAUUGGUCAACCAGCCUCCGAUGUGACCUGGAGCUUCAGAGGUCAAGUGGUCAGCGGUGACCGCUUCACUAGUAACAGCAACGCCGGUACCCUGGUCAUUCAGGCGGUUACCAUUGAGGAUGAGGGAGAGUACCAGUGCUUUGCGGAGAACACGCUGGGGUCAGCGUUCACCGUGGUGAAGCUAACGGUGCAAGAGCCGCCCAAGUUUACGAUGACGCCGAAGAACUCAGAGGUCGAGCAGGGCCAAGGAGUUCUUAUUCAAUGCCAGGCGGAGGGUAAACCAAAACCCAGGAUACACUGGAAGAAAGACGGUGGAGAUCUUCCUCAUGUAGACAAUAGAUAUACGAUAAUGCCAACUGGGGAUCUACAGAUUGUGAAUGCCGACAUGUCUGUUAUGGGUGACUAUUUUUGCAUCGCCAUCAACCCUGUACAGUCAAGCUCAUUAGUGGCAACGAUACUCGUCAAUGGUCCUCCAGCAUUCAAAGUCAAACCAGCCAACCAGACCCUCUCGUCGGGUGAGACCAUUCUCCUCCAGUGUGAAGUGAUCGGCACAAACAACCCCACUGUCUCCUGGGAGAAAGACGGAGGGAUCAUCAAGAGUGCUGAGCACUAUGUGAUCAAAGAGGAUGGUCUCCAGCUGAACUCAGUCACUACCGAGGACAGCGGGACGUAUAAAUGCAUUGGAAGUAACAGAGAGGGAGUCGUGGAAAGCGUUGCGUAUAUCAAUGUGGAAGAGCCCGUUUACGGCAAGCAGCAGACCGUCGGCGUCAUGUGGAUCUUCAUCGUCAUCAUCAUUCUCCUUCUACUCAUCGUUGUUGUUCUCGUUGCUUUGUUCCUGCGUCGUCGCUACCAUCAGCAGGCCCUCUUCAACCAUUCCAGGCUCAACCGGAGCCCCAAGAAGUCCGGCGUCGGGCUCGGGGUCAAGUUCUUGGAGCGGGGCAACGGGAGUAGUUACGUUGAAAUCAAGAAGCAGAAAGAGAAGGACGAACGAGAAAUGCAGAUGCAAGGUAUCAUCGAGGACGUCGAUCUAGUCUAGAGACGUUUCCUCGUUGGGUCUUUAAAAAAAAUAUUUAUACGAUUACGUGAAGAUGUGUUGUUCUGUUAUUGGCCGGUUGCACAAUGUUCUCUAACCGACCUUAGGCAUUGGUGUCAUCCAUCAGCCGCCAUCUUAGAGAAAACGAUGAUGAAACAAUCGACACGCACAGAUUUGUACACGCACAGAUUUGUACACGUGCGUCUUUUUGACCUCCAGGUGAGGGCGCCUUACUGAUGUGACAUCAUGUGCAUAACAUCUAUACAGGUCAUUCGCAGUGUAGUUCACGCCCUAUUCUUGUCUUUAUCCAUAAUGCCAAAGUGACAUGGUUUAAAAAGUCUCUUUAAUGGUAAAGGAGGCUUAAUGAUGUUGCUUGAAAAAGUCGCAGCCAAGUUGCUCAAUAGCAGUUGUGGCUUAAUUUCCUUUUUUGGGGGGCAAGGAAGUGUUGUAUUUUCGGAUAUUCAGUGAAAAGACAAGCCUAAACAAAAACAUAUUCGUGAACAUUGUGCAACCGUAUCCUAGCCAUUCGGUCAGGAUGUUAAGAUCAUAGUUUUAUUAAAAUUUUCACACUUCUGUUUUCUUGACAGCAAGAAUAUUUGACUUUGUUAUCUAGCAGGGAAAACUUCUUUGGAGGUUCCUAUUCCUUCGAAGAAAGGAGGGUUAAGUGAAUUAUUUUUACAACAAUCUUGACAUGUAAGAAAA